CUUCAGUAACAUUUUUUAUUUUAUAAAAGAGUUCUUCAGAACAUUUCUCCUGCUAAAACCGCAAGCAUUCUAUCUUGCGGUUUCUCUCUCUCUUUCUUCCUCUCUUCUUCUCUCUCUCUUCUCAACAUGAUCCAGCGCUUUCGUAAUGCUCCACGCAUCGCGCCCGCGUAUUACGCAGAAGUCUCUCGUUGUCUUCAUCUUUUUCUCUCUCUCUCUCCCUGCUUCUCUCGCUCGCUCGUCUGUCCCUCUUUCUCUCUCUCUCUCUCUUUCUCUCCCACCAGAUUUAAUGAUUCCAACUCCCAGCAUACUUGGACUUUCCGUCGAAUCGGCACCGGGUAUCAUCAUUCUCGCGUAAUACUGCUGGACAGUCGGAAGCUUCGAUCGACCGUCAUCCGAGUCGUUUGCAGAUUCGCGGGCUUUCAUGUUCUAUACUCACGAUCGCGUGUCAGACGGUAUAUUUUCAACCGCAAGUUCUCGCGGUCUUCUCACGGGCGUAUUCUUAGCAGAACACACGUCUCUCGCGUUUGCCUGCCUACGGAUCGCCGCGAAUAAACAAGAAGACGAGCGGAGAAGCCACGACGAAGCAUGGCGAGAAUCUCAGUAUAAAGUCACACGAUGGGAGAGCUGAGAGGAUCCAACGCGAGUCUUCAAUUCGGAGUAAUAGACGAAUCCGAGGCAUUUAAAUCUGAGAAUUUUCGGAGCAGUUCAAGCGAUCGACGAUAUUUGAGAAUUCAUCGAGGAAUAUAUUUCGAAGUUUAGAUCGACGUGAGUGUUCAAAGACGAUACACUUCAGUGACGUAUUAGAAGAUUUUUCAACUUUGAAAAUAAAGUUACGACUUCCGACCACGUAAAGCCACGUUAAAUUAAGCGGAUAAUAAUUGGUAAUUAUAUGUGACGUUUGGAAAACAGGCUCCGAUCGAGCGUGUUGAUCCAACAAAUUAUAACUCGGUGAUAACUGUAUCACAACACGAUUACUGUGCGGUUGUACAUACAUAACUUCGUACAAUAACAGUGACUGUAUUAAAUAAAUCAUGCAAGUGCAACGACGUUAACUCGGAAAAUCUCUUUUCCGCAAAUUCUGUUAAACGGAAGAUUCUAUUCAAGAGGAUGACAACGAGUCGAAGAUCGAUCAUGGAUCUUCGUAUCUCCCGUUGGCUUAUUCUUUUCAUCGUCACUGCUUUCGUAAACAGCUAUGAAUACAUUAGUGCUGAUAGCAAGUGGACAUUGUGCUUAGUCGACAGUGUACAUACUACGCAAAGAAUCCUUUCACUUUGCCCGAAAUUAGCUAAGAGUCCAAUAGAAUGUGUAAUAGAAACUGAUAGAUUUGGCUGUUUGCGUCGAGUAGCCAAUGGUGAUGUUGAUAUCACCGUACUGGAACCAGAAGAACUCGUAGCGAUAAGAAACUACAAACUAUACAGUGUACUAGUCACGAACGAAUUAAGACUCUUCCAAGACGAUGAUCAUCGUUUUGAAGUAGUAGCCAUAGCGUAUAAGAAUGUACGACGGAUAUGGGACGUUAAAGGCAAGCGAUUGUGUCAUCCCGGGCUAGACACUAUCGACGAUUGGACUAAAAUUUUCUCGACGUACUUCGAAAACCUGAUAAUUAAAAAAGAGUGCGACGCAAACAUGACGCUGUUCGAGAACAGAAUGCAUGCUCUGUCAAACUACUUUGAAACAGCUUGCAUCGCUGGUCCCUGGUCGGCAGACACAGUAUUUGAUCAUCAAUUAAAAUCAAAAUAUAGAAAUCUUUGUACAUCUUGCGAAAAACCGGCAAGCUGUUACAAUACUGAUAAAUACUAUGGACGAGAAGGCGCCCUAAUGUGUCUUACUGAUGGCAUGGGUGACGUUGCCUGGGUCAGAUUAAGAGAUGCUCGUGUACAUUUUAAGGCCCAAAUGAUUGACACACAGGAUUACAAGUUUCUAUGCCCGGAUGGCACCACAGAACCACUCAACUUCAAAGAACCCUGUAUCUGGAUAUCGAAACCGUGGCCAGUUAUCGUAGCUAGACCAUCGAAUGCCGAGAAUAUCGCUCGUAUGAUGAACUCAAUGAUGAACAGGACAUAUAAUUGGGAAUCGAACGCUUUGCAGCUAAUGGAGAACUAUUACAUCACCUCAACUGAUGUGAAAGAGCUGCAAACGCCCGACGAUUACUUACGUCGAUAUCCAAAUUUUCUAAGCGCCAAUGUUCGAACGGGUUGUCAGCCAUCAAGAGAUGUACGUUGGUGUUUGGUAUCCAAUAUCGAGAAGCGUAAAUGCGGCUGGCUAAGAGACGCUUCCAUCGUCUAUGGCGUGGAACCGUUGAUCUCCUGCCUCCAAGAAGAUAGCAGAGAAGCAUGCGUGAAGUCUGUACAGAACGAAAACGUAGAUAUCUUCUUGGCGCGGCCCGAAGAGAUUCUCAAGGACAGAAUGAGAGGUUUGAAGCCUAUUAUUCACGCGAUGGCAAACAACCAGGAAUUAAACAGGAUUGCUGCGAUCGUCAGGAGAAAUUCCAAAUUCCGAGUGAUAAAGGAUCUCAAAGGUGCCAAGGCGGCCUUCACGGGCUACAGAAGCGUCGGUUGGAACGCUUUUAUAACGUUAAUGAGGAACGAGUCGGACGAAAAUUGGGACUGCUCGGACGCGCAAGCUGUAUCAAAAUUCUUCAAAGAUAGCUGUGUACUCGGUUGGAACAACAAGGAUAAUGACAGCGAGCUCCCGGCCAAUUUAUAUUCGUUAUGCAAGGAAGGUGCGGAGCAUGAGAGCGACGAUUUCAGCGCUUUCAAGUACUUGGCCUCCGGAGUCGUCGAUGUUGCCUUCGUCAAUUUAAAAGUCAUAGAAAAUAAAACAGAACCCGGUGAUUUUUAUUACGAAAAGAUUGAUACUAAAAAUAUAAAUCGGUUGCCGAAGUACAGAGUAUUAGGCCCAACUUUGGCGGAAGCUAUCAAAAGAAUUCCAUACUUGCUCGCUUGGACGCCCCUCGGCUCGAUAAUGGCACACGAAAAUAUCACGGAUCUGAGACGCCAGGAAAUUUAUACGAUGUUGCUCGAAAUGGACAAGAUAUUUGGAAGAAAGUUCAACGGACAAGCGCCCACAUUCUUGUUAUAUGGACCCUAUGAGGAAAAUCACGGUGUUAUCUUUCCUGAUGGUACGCGCUAUUUAGAGUUACACGGCCAUCAAACAUUGAAAGGACGCAAUUAUGACCAAAUCGUGGAAGAGUUUAUGAAGCAAGAAGUUUGCAGCAGUGCCGCUAGUGCAUGGAUUACUCAAUUACCAGAGACCCUUUUCGUAUACAUGCUUGUAAUCGUCGUUCUGAAUCAAUUAUUGAAUUGUUAA